CAACCAAUUACCGUUCAAAUUACAAAUAAUAAUAUAACAGACAUGCAAGAAAUACAAAAUGAUGAAUCAGAUAAUACCUUUGCAUUUAUUGAACAGCUCCGAGGGCCAAAUUGUUUCAAUUAUGAAAUUCAACAAUACUCUUUCAAAAAAGCUGAAUAUUGUCAAGGUAUUGGGAUUGCUAAAAAAGUCAAAUCUAUUGAAUCUAAUGAUUCUUUGGAUGAUUUUAGAAUAGUUACGAAUUCUCAUGUUAUUUCACACCAUGGUCGACCAAAGAAACAAUUACAGGAUUCUUUGGAAGAUAUUAAUAAACCAGGUCCUCAAAAAAUUCAUGAAUCUAAUAAAGUACUCCAUGAAUCUGAUAUUACAAACAAGUCAACACACAAAUAUUCUUACUGUAAUAAUACUGGUCAUUAUGCUAAAACUUGCAGUUUAAAUCCUAAUAAUAAGAG